AUGUCGAGAAGACCAGUUUUGGAGGAAGUCAACGAUGACGAUAUCGAUAACAUGGAUAUGGACAUUGCAGAGUUUGAUCCAGACCUCAAGACACCAGUAGCACCUAAACGGCCAGCACCAUCGAUUGUGAGAUCUCAAGAUCUGGAAAUUCAACCACAAUCACAGUUGUUUCCACAGAUGUCCAACAUCCCUGUACCUACAAAACAAGAAUUACAUCAAAGAAAUAACAUUAUUGAUCCCAAAUCAUUCACUGCUGAGGAAGAGGAGCAUUUCAAGAAAUUUCAAGUUAUAUAUCCUUGUUAUUUUGAUAUUAAUCGAACACAUAAACAAGGCAGGAGAGUCAGUAUUGAUCGAGCUGUUGAAAACCCAUUGGCCAAGACCAUUAGUGAUGCAUGUCGAUAUCUCAACAUUCCAGUGUUGUUGGAGUUGGACAAGACACAUCCACAAGAUUUCGGAAACCCUGGUAGAGUGCGUAUUUUGUUGCGAGAUCCUUCAGGUGGGAAACCGAUUGACUCCAGGUUUGGUAACAAAAAGAGUUUUAUGAACAAGAUUGCUGAUUAUUUAGCUGAUCAUCCUACCAGUUUAGAGAGUAUUGGUGCCAAGAGUGGUAUUGCCUUGCCUCAGGACUUUCAAACCAAUUUUACACCAGAGGAAAUACCCAAGGUGAAAGGGUUCAAAAUGAAUACUAUAGUGCCUGUUCAUUCCAACUAUACGAUGAAACAUCCAAUGACCAAGGGAAUAUACGACUUGGACCUGAGCCUGAAGCCAAUGCACCUGCCGUUCAAGCUAAGCCCAAUGCGCCAAAGGCUCCAAAAAAGAAAAUCAUGA